GGACGAGUGAGUUUUAGCAUUUGACAGAGUAGAGUCGGAGGAUAACGCUCGGGGUGACGAGUUCAGUGAUGUGAGAUGACACGAGACACGAGCGAGACAUCCCGACCCAAAACGGCAAUCUAACUCCGCGAAACGAGACACCACGUGAGAGAGUGAACGCAACACUUAAAAAGAAAAAUUACCGAGACUAUUUGACCGCCGAAAUUUGAAGAGAUUGGAAGAAUGCCGCAAUCCCGUUCACGUCGUCACCGUCGCCACAGGAACAAACGAUCAGUUCCGAAUCAGACGCCGAAGAGCGAUUCAAGUUCAUCACCGCACCGCCCCCUCACAACAACCAAUGAAAAUGGUAGUGAGGAGACAGCCAAAAUCACGGAAGACAGCGAUGGAAUAAUUGAGGCUAAGGUCAACGGUCAUGCGGUCAAGGUGACAACCGAGGUCACUGAGACAGGAUUGGGCCAUGAGAUAGGAUCGAUACCUCAGGAAGGUAAUCCACAUGGGCGCAGGUACAAACUCGAGCGUCAUGCAUUAGCAGAGCAAGGAAAAUUGUGGGAAAUAGUAGACGUAAGUGAUCUACGAAUGGAGGCAUACGUUGGUCACGUCGCUGGUGUUGGUAUAAUUGAAUCACGAUUCAAUGAUGCCGAUGAUGUUAGAACAAUAGUGACUGAGCCAGUUGAGCCAAUUGGACCUCUACCCAUUGAUGUGACCUCAAGACUCAAGACCCUUGGCGAACGUGACUUUGCUCUGGCACUGGUGCCACCAAAUGCAAACACAGACCGACCCGAGAUUCGUGAGGUCAACGACAGUGAUGCUGAGACAACAGAGUUGAGUAGAGGGGCUGUUGUCAGUGAGGCUGAAUCCGAUAUUGAAAUUGCCCCGAGGAAGAAUGAAACGAUAUUGGAGGAAACUGAGGAGUCAGAGUCCACAGAUAAAGAAAACUUAUCUACUGAAUCUCCAAAAGAUCAACAGAAACUCCCAACUUUUUAUUUGCCGAGAAAAUCCAGUGCUUCAUUCGCAGAGGCUCAUAAAAAUUCUGAUAACAACGUAGAUUUGUCUCCAUUUGUAAUAAUAAGCGAUCCAGAAACGCACAUUGAUUUGCCGAUGAGAGUUAUUGAUGAUGUGAUAUUUGAGGAGACCGAGACUGAGUCGGAUUUUUACGAUGAGCCUAUUGUCAAAUUGAGAGCAGACAAGUGUAAAGAAUCGUUGCCACUGGCAUCGCCGUCAGAGAGCUCUACCUCAGAUGAAAUCGAUAAAGACUUGGGUUUAAUCCGUCUCUCAAAUGGCAGCAAACACUUGAGCUUAUCCGCGGAGGAUGCAGACAGUGAGAGAACAAUAAUCAACUCAAAACCAGAAAGUGAAACGGAAGGUGAAGAUAACAUUACCAUCGAGCAAGAAGAAUUGAACAACGUGACAGAGUCAAAGGAAUCAACCGAGUGUAGUGAUGAUUCAAAUGAGACUACAAUAGAGGGUAAAUCCAAGGAAUUCAGUGGUGCAUCGGCUGUAAUAGAGAUAGAGAAUGGAAUUCAAACGUCUCCGGAAAUUCAUGAGCCACAGUUGACUCGACAAUUCGACGAUAAACUGAGGAUUAACAUCAAAGAAUGUGAUUUAGGAAAGCGUCAGUGUGAUGACAACAACCUGUUGAACAACGAGUGUCACGUUAACGAGGUUGAGUCAUGCAAUAGUGUCAUUCGUGAACAUACAGAAAGAGUUGAUACCCUGGAGAAUAGCACGUACGAGACAACCGGUAUCGAUCGAUACUUGGAUAUUAUUCAGGAGGAGGAUGAGUGCUUUCCACCUCACGAGAGAGAUAUUCGUGAUUUUAUUAAUGAAGAGAUUGGAAAGUUUCGCCGAGAAAUACGUAAGGCAGACGUUAAUGAAUACGUCAUGGAAUUCAAGAAUAAUGAAUCUGAUUCGCGUCAUGAAACAAUGACAUUCAGAAAUGAGAGCAUCUCAAGUAUCAAGAAGGUAAACGAGAAAGGUAUCUCAUCUGAGGGCAAUAAAAUGUACCAAGUGGAGAGCGGGUCACCAGUGAAUCAAGUUAACGAAGAGAAAUUGGAUUCCGUAAAGAGGAAAAGGUGUGCACCACCGCCACCUAGAAGAUCCAACAGUUUUAACAGCAUGGACGUGGAUAAAAUCAGGGGUGGAGUACCUCGGAAAAGUGUGAAUUCAAUAAUUUCGAGUGAACCACCGAGAGUUCCAGAUUUGCCAAUUGAAGUUAUUAAAAUCCAUGGUGAGAACUGUGAGUAUUUGCAUUUGGAGACACUUCCAGUGCGUCCACCGUUGCCCAAGAAUUUUAAUGCCGACGAUGCAAUUUACCAGAGCGUUGGGCAUCGUCACAACGAGGGAGUGUCCCCGAUCACGCCUAGAUUGCGCAAUACCGAGGAUGCCGGUAACUUUGGCAAUGACGCCAGUGUAGAGAUGCUUACCAAAAUAACUCACGAUCACAUUGACAAUAUCAGCGAUGAAGUGCUGGGCAAAAACACGGUGGCUUUUAGCAAAUCUGCCCCGAUGUGUGACACCACUGUAUCCAACGGCACUGAGGUUAAAUGUUCACGACCCCGGGGGAAUCAGUUCGGCUUUAUCAAAGAGAAGGUGCCACUCGAGACAUUAAAACGUGAGUUGGUUGAUAAAACACAAGUGAAAAGUUCAAAGUUUGUAAACGAGAUCAAAGAAUCGUGCAGUGACUCUACCAAAAGUGUUGAUGUGUCGACAAACAUUUCGUUGAUCCACAAAGAGAUGAAUACCAGUCAAUUUAAAAUUGAAAAUACAGAGAGAAUCGAUAUAACGGAGAGUUCAUCGACAACUGAAUCAACGGUAAUUCGUAGAGCUGCUAACACUGAUCCCACCGGAUUAAUUGGCACGGAUGAUCAAGGCCAAGAGUCAUCAAGCAGCACUCCCUCACCAGCAACAGUGAAACACGUAUCAGACGAGGAUGAGCCCACACCUAAAACACCUGAACCAAAUCCCUUGAAAGACCUCUGUAUCAAGAAGAUCCUCUCCCUCCCUUACGGCCUCCAAUUAAUCAACGAGAUAACUCUACCCAAGUUUGCUAUCUUCAAGAACUUGGAAUCCAUCCACAAAACUGUGAAAACUCUGCAAAUUCAAGAAUCCAAAGAUUUCAAUACCAUGAAGAAACGUCCAACAACUUGGAUGGGCGUGCCGACGGAGGAUCCACAUCUACUAGUAUGUCUAUCUCCAUCUCAACAAAAAUCACCAGUACGCACAAGCGCCGACAAACUGCUGGAUCUCCACAAAAAGUUUAUCAAUCGUCGCAGCUACCACCAUGAUCAUCGAACUGAGAUUAAUGUACCGAAGUACCACAUUGAAAUAACCCCGUCCUGUACGAACCGCCAGUCACACAAAUCCAUAAAAUCAUGUGAAAAAGAAUUGCAGCAGUUGGAUGACGUCUCAGCGUCAACGAAUCGUCUCCUGGAGAUCGUAAAAGAGAAUGCCAUACCCACGGAUUUACUUUCGGUCACGAAGACCCAUAAAAAUGUUGAGGAGAAUCCCCUGAAAUCUACCCUGGUAGCCAACUGGUUAACUCAGAGCAAUAACGAUCAUCUGAACAUACCCAUCUGUGUGAGCCCACCAUCAUGUAAUUUCUCAGACCAACGAGCGAGAUACCAGGUGAAUGAAGAAACCAGGGUGAGUGCAUUCAGUCCGGUACUCGACAAUCCUCACAUUACCGCGAACGACAUUACUGAUAUUGCUGCCAAGUGUCAGGCUAGAAUUUUUGAUAAGACGAUCGUCGCUUCUCCAGCAUCUUCAAGCAAGCUCAACGAUAACAUCAAUAGGAUAAAUAGUGCAUUGAUACUGAGAACACCUGAGGGUACACAUCAGGAGCAUCGAAGUACAACACCAAUCAAUAGAUCUCCAAUUACCAACAGAAGUGCUAUAAUCGAUAGAACGUGUGAUAUUGCUGUGCCACGUAAGUGGACACUGUCGAGGACAAUUGAUGCCGGACAGGUGAAUCCUGCGUUGAUAAAUGAUCGGCCUGAGACACCACCAAGACCACCAAGGACUGUUGAUGUCGAUCGUACGUGCAUCGACACCACCAGUAUUUUUGAUAAGUCACCACCGAGGGCACGUCUUGCUCGAAUAAAGUAUCAGAAUUCCGAGGCGUUGAAGCAAGCGACAGCCAGUGAAAUUGUUGAUAAUUUGAAAGAUCUGCAGAUGAGUGUUAGGGAGAUAUUUGAAGGGCGUAGGCGUUACUCAUUACCUCAGGAGUACUUUGACCGACAGCUCGAGUACAUUGAGACCCUUGAGGAUCAGCUGAAGGAAGUGAUUAUCGCUGAGGAAGAGGAGGAAAAGGCAUUUGUCGAGCUGGAGGUACAAGUCCGAGAAAUGGAAAAUGCAAAUGGAAACAAGACACUGUCUUCAAACAGAAAACAAUUACGUAAUGAUGGUAAUAACUUUCGCCAGAGUUGGCACGAUGAGUCUCGAGUUGAAGACAACGGUUGCACUGAGUUUACGAGUGAGGAGGGACGGGAGGAGUCAACGAGGAGUUUUAGUGAGACAACGAGUCACGAUGUGGAGAGCUCAAUGAAGAUAUUUGAGAAUAAGGAGGUGAACAGGGUGACGUCGAAGGGCGGAGGGGAAUGCCAAUGGAAUAGAUACUCUGAUGAUGUUUCAACGGAUUCACUUGAUGCUGAGAAACGAGAUCAUUACGAGGUACGUGGAAAGUUUGAGGGGCCCAGGUCCAUUUCGAUAUUACCAACCACCGACGAAGUGUUUAGACGCAAGAUGUAUGAUGAGUAUGUUGAUAAAGUUUUGGAGAGAGAGGAGAGGAGACAGCACAAAGUUAUUAAAAUUAGUUCGGGAAUGGAUUUGAAGGAUGAGAGAUGCAGGGACAAUAUGAGCACCAUGGAGAAGGAGUUCAUUGAGAAAGCGAAGGAGAGGCUCGACAGAUUUGGCAUUCGGCUGGAUGAGUGUGAAAGGAAUGAUGAGAAUUCUCGGGAUCGUAGAUGGGAGACUAUUGAGAGGAAUGACAAAGUGGAGAAUGUCGAGGCUAAGUGUCUCAUUGAUGGAAAGGAGAUAAAAGACGCCAAGAAAUUGCCAAAACACCUGCAGGAAUUCCUUGAGCUCGCUAUCAACGAACUUGAAGACGAGAAUAUGUUUGCACCGACUUUUAAGGCAUCUUCUGCCGGCAAAGGUGUUUGGUCACCAGGCAGUGAGCCACCACCACCACGACAGCCGAGUCCUGAUCGAGACAAGAAUACCGUAAAAGAUGGUGGUAUACCACCAGUUUGGACACCAUCUAGUGGAGGACCGAGUCCAGUUGUUGAGCGAAAAGAAUUUCGACCUGUUCCAUUCGAAAGUCCAACACUGAGCCGUCGGAGUAAUCCCCAGGCACAGUUUCAAAGUUCAACUGAGAAAAUACCACCGUGGCAACAGAGUGAAGACAAAAAAGAGGCGUCCCAGACGAUAACUCAGAAUCUACCAACACGCAUCGUAAACUCUCACUCUGUGCCAUCCCAAGGGUUGAACACCCUUGCCAACCCUCCACGACUUCCGCGCGCACAAAAUCCAACAAUUACUCUACUCCAGAAAGCAAGAGAGGGUCAAUUACCUAAGGGUGCCGCCUACCUCGAGGAAACUGUGGAAAAGAGUCACGAACGUCCAAGGGUCAGUCCCGGUGAAAUAAUUUAUACGGUGAAACGAGAGUACGAGAGUGAACCCGAAGUUUCGAGGGAAGAGCCGAAAAAAAUGGCGGAUUUGGGACGUAGAAAAAUUUUGGGAAUUGGACCCAUCACUAAGGAUGGGAUGCCCGUUGCACUGAGAUCGGAAGUGAAAGAUACAAAUCAGGCAAAAUGGUACAAACAAAUGUAUGAUUCGCUUCAUCGAGCGAGUAGAAACGAUGACUAUGUGACAAUUCGAUAUAAACCACGAAGAGGAACGAGAUACGGACACGGCAGUGCCAGUGGAUACCUGAGUGAGCCUGAGCCAAGGGUUUCAGCGGAUAGAUCGGUGACGUUGGACACCAGGAGGCGACAGAGAAAUAAGGAGAAUGAUGUCGCCACCUCGACUAUGCCGAGAAAAAGUGCACUGGUAAAAACUACUGCCGAAGUCUAUCGAAACCAGCCAGGACGUAUCGAGAAUUACCAGCCAGGUCGUUCAUCAAUAUCCGAGAAGGAAACCAAAGAGUGGUGGGACGAGGUCAUGGACAUAUUCGACGGGCCCUUCGAUCAACGCAACCCACAUGCUGCCAAGCCCUACAUGAGCCAUGCUCUGAAGGAAUCCGGGUACGAGAGCGAUUCAACUCUUAUUUUCCGUCGUCGUGAUGACGCCAGUCCUCUGAGUCCACUUGAACAGAGAUUGGCAUAUAAAACCGUGCAGAAGGGCGGCGACGUUCCACUUCACGGUCUUCGGAAACCAGCUCCCGAGCGUCCGAAAGAGUACACGAAUGCACCCCCGCCGCCACCAAAAACUCAUCAGAGCAGAAUCGAGCGUCCAGAAUCACCGAGGCGUUAUGUAGAAGGCGAAGUGACGAUUCACUAUCGUUCUCCAGUUCGCACGGAAGCUAAAGAGAUCCUGAGUGAGGAAGAAUUGGCUCGGAGAAGUGCCGAGAAUAUGCGCCGAGUUUACCAGGAAGAGAGACGUCGGAAAUAUCUUCAAGAAUUACACGACAUUGAUUCCAGAAGACACACCGAUAAUUUCACACCGUCACAAAAAUCCCCGAUACCAUUGAACCGCUAUGACGACUUCCUGGAUGACUCGAGCUACCGUAGCAGGUCGCAGGAGCAAACACCGGAGCCACGAGUGGUUGCCCGUGCAUUGUACAACUUUGUGGGACAAACCUCCAGGGAAUUGACCUUCCGUCGAGGGGAUAUCAUUCUAAUACGCCGACAAAUUGAUAAAAAUUGGUACGAGGGAGAGCACAACGCUAUGAUCGGACUUUUUCCACUUAACUACGUCGAGCAGAUUUUACCUUACGAUGGCACAAGGGGAACUCCCAAGAAGUCGUACGAAGGACAGGCACGUGCUAAGUUCAAUUUCAUCGCACAAACCAAUCUAGAAUUGUCGUUAACGAAAGGAGAAUUAGUCGUUCUCACUAGGAGGGUCGAUGAGAAUUGGUUCGAGGGGCGAGUUGGGGGUAAAAAGGGCAUUUUUCCGGUUACCUAUGUGGAAGUUAUUGUUGAGCCCGGGCAACACCGACCUGAAACGCCAGUAUCAGGUAAACCAGUUGCAUCGCCUGCGGCUCAUAGUAUGCUGUCGAAUGGAACGGCGAGUGGAAAAUUGAGCAUGGGACCCCAUCAUUAUAUUCCCUCCAUACCCGUCAAGACGAGCACGGCUGAGCCUCAGUAUAUCUCACUGCCACGCAUUGGUGUCACUGAACGCAACAAAUUGCACGUCGCACCCGUCAACGAAACGUUGCACAUCGACACACACUCGGAUACAUUACCAUACCGAGCUCUGUACAACUACAGACCCCAGAACGAGGACGAGCUGGAGCUGAGGGAGGGGGACACAGUUUACGUAAUGGAAAAGUGCGACGACGGUUGGUUCGUUGGAUCCAGCCAAAGAACUGGAUAUUUCGGAACUUUUCCAGGAAACUACGUAGAGCGUUUGUGAGGUGAGGAGAUGCCCCUAGGGGCAUCAUAUAUCGAAAGAGCUAGGAGGCAACGGGCGCUCAAAAGUGUCGCUAUUAUUUUACCAAAGGAUGAGCCAAGAAACAUUGAAUAUCGUUGUUAAUACUGAUAAUUUCAUCAAUCGGUGUCUUGCUGUUUUAUUUCAAUUUCGCUUGUACCGUAAUCCACGAUUUUUCCAUCACUUUAACUCGAUUUUAUCGCGAGGGAAAUUCUAUAAUCGGGAAUUUUGAUUUUUGUUAUUUGUGGGAUUAUUGAAAUUUUCUCUCCACUCUUUCCCUAAUUUUUUUUUAAUCGAGUGCUAAUCGAUGUGGGGAAAUUGUUGAGACGAAAUUACUGUCACAAAUGGUCUUCCAAAGUGUAGAAACGGAUGUUAAGGGGCGAAGGACUUCUUUCUCGUUAGCUUCUGGAAUUCGCUUGAUAUUUUACUAUUAGCGUACACCAAAAAUAACUUAGGCUUAAUGAAUUAUUAAUUGUAAGUAGUGUAACAUAGGAGUUAACUAUUUAUUACGCGUUAUCCAUCCAGAAAGAGUUAUGGGAAGAAUUGUAGAUCAAUUUGUGGUGUUUCACUAGAGAAAUUGACGAUUUUUUAAUGUGAAACUUCUUAUCGGGGUUAGGUAACUGAAAAAUCGUCACAAAUGUGGCAUUUGGGAUGCAACGGAAGUCUCAAAUGAAUCGCGAGAAAUUUCACUUCCGUAGUGCCCACUUGUGCUUUUGAUUUUUUUAGCUCGUUCGAUAUCUGAUUUAUCGGGAUGAAUUUGUGUACAUAAGAUGUUUGCUGAUGGAUAAUGUUGAAUUUCUUAGGAUUCAACAGAGAAAAAUUCAGAUGAAUAUACUCAAUUUGCAUUAACAAUAAUGCCAUAAAUUGAGUCUUCAUUGCUUGAAAUAUGAAAAAUGGAAACAGAAUUUUUUCUCUGUGGAAUUUGUCUGUUACCGAAUACCAAAACUCCAUCACGAUUAAAUUAAAAUAAUAAUUUAACUGAAUUAACCAAAAUAAUGGAAUAAAACGUGUUCUUCGAUUGUUGAUGUCUCUGUAAUUUAUGACAAAUGCCCACCGCUCGCGAGAUCCGAAAAAAAUGUUAAACAGAAAAAAUAAAUAGUACAUCUCAAUUGAAGUGGUAGAAUGUCAGUUCGUCAAUUGUCAAAGAUGGAAAACCAAAUUUUCCACCAAAAAUUGUCAUUUUCGUAAUCGAAUAUCAAUUGAGCCACUUUAAUCCUCACCCACAAUCCACUUCGAUUAUCCCAUGAAUUGUUACGAUGUCUGCUAAUUAUAAAUAAAAAAAGAAAAAAAUUAUAAUUAAUAAAUCAUCAGGCACUACAAUAUUACGAUUGCUAUGAUUGCAAAGUUUUGCCUCACAAAAUUCAUAUUUUUGUAAGCAUUAUUUAUACAUAAGCUUAUAGAUAACUAACAUAAACUGAAAAUCCUAAUAUAAUUAAUAAAACGAAUGAGUUAAUAACGAUAAAUAAAGCAGAUUUAUUGAAAAAAAAAAAAUUAUGAAGAAAUAUAUGAAUAAAUAAUAUAAAUAUUAAGCUUUGAGAUUUUAUUGAAAGAGGAAUUAUAAGAGAAUGGUACUAGCCUCAUUAACACACAUGAAAAUGUGUUAGUUCAAUAACUGACAAUAUUGAUGAUGAUUGAUUAAUGAUUAAUCGUUAAUUGACAUCGAGAUAUGUAGAUAUUUAUGGUGCGUGGGCUCAAGGUAUCCUAGAGCCAUGGAAAUCACGAGGGGAUGAUUUUUUAAAUUACCAAUUCACAGAGAGACAUUUUUUGAUAAACAAUUUAUCAUUGCGUCAAUUGUUUCAUUGCGUUAAUUUGAUGGAUUUGAUUUUUUGCGGACAAUUCAAUUAUUGAAAAUACAUAUUGCCUUAAUGUUUUGAAAUACGAAAAAUGUGGCUCUGUGGAGCGAAAUAAAAUGUUGAAUAGCAAUGAAUAGAUAUAUUAAAAUUGAUAUUAUAAGAUUCUCGAGCAUAUCCGAACGAUAUUCAAUCCCUUCGAACCUCGACAAAUCAUUUUUUUAAUGUCAUUCAAAUUGCCUUUGAGAGUUUGUUCAAUCGAGUUAUGAGGAAAUGAAUCAUUGCCAAAUUUCAUUCGCGGAUUUAUAUUGUCGUCGAGUGGUGGAAAGGUUGGAGAAUAGGUAAUGCUAACGUUGUCAUUAAACAUUGUACACUUCGGGUAUAUAAGAAUAAAGAGCCUAGUCUGUAAUGCUAAAAAA